ACGAAGAGAGCGACAUCUACUACCUUGGCGCAAUCGUGAGGCCAACGAUGACCGACGCAUGACACUACGGCCUGUCUUGGAUCCGCGGGCGACCUGGAAAAUAUGAGUUAUUGCGUGUGUUGCGUCUUUCAGCCAUUGUCAGAAGGGCUAUACAAGACCCCGCACCAGCGAACCCAUCCUCCGCCUGAAGAUGGACCAUCUUGAUCCUAACAGCCACGAUUCUCCGGCUGCGUACGGAUUCACUGUCGACAAUCACCUGCUACCCGCACUUCCUCAGGAGACGACCCCGAUUGCCGUCCCAGGGCCCACUGAGAAAAUCUCUAUUUCAACUGUCUUCCAUCCGACCCUCGACGCCGGUACAGGGCCCCCAGACAUCAAAUUUAUUGCGGCCGACAACGUCUCGUUCUUUGCGCACAUUCCCCACAUCCUCAAUCGGUCAGUCAACCAAUUCAACGACCUCAUUCCCACUUCCUACAAUGCCCAGGAGGGUGAUGCCCCAUUUGUCGUUGCUGUGCCCGAACCGUCGCCCGUUUUCAACAUCAUCUUGCACAUCAUCUACGGCUGGUCCUCCGCCGCUUUCACACAUACUCUUGAUGACAUCGCCGCUACCGUCAUCGCUCUCAAGACCUAUGGCAUGUCCACGUCGGCAUGCCUGGCGCAGCACACGCCGCUAUACACGCUCAUGCUCGCUCACGCUUCGCUACGCCCGCUCGAGAUCUACGCGCUCGCGGCCGAACACGGCCUCGAGCACAUCGCGGUCGUGGUCUCCUCGCAGCUGGUCGCAUACCGCCUGCACGAGAUCACUGACCCGCUCCUUGUACGCAUGGGCGCGCGGUACCUGCUCCGUCUCGCGAAGCUGCAGGCUACGCUCAUGGAGAAGCUGCGCGACCUGAUGCUCACCCCACCCGAGGGACAUGCGUCCACGUCUACGUGCGGCUUCGCGCAGCAGCGAAUACUCAUGGGCGCGUGGGCCAUCGCGACGGCAAGUCUGUCCUGGAAGGCGAAGCCUGAUCUCUCUGCGAGCGUGAUUCAGGCAGCGUUCAAUGAGGCCGAAGGCAGUCUUACGUGCGCACUGUGCAGGGACGCGCUCAGGACGCGCAUUAGGCUAAUUCUGUACCGAUGGACUUUGGCCCUGAGAACUAUCUAAGCCAGUUCUCGGUCACAUUUCUACGAAAUCUCAAGAUCUGGGCCCAUCAUGCUAUACCCCUUGUCGUUAGUGCUUUCCUUCGAUCUGUUGCUUUGUACUUUGCUGCUGUUGAGCUCUUCAUAUACGUGGUGCUAUUCACCUUCAGUUAUUCUAUCAUUUG